AAUUACACAGAGAAAAGACACUUUCACCAGCACAAGCACAAACGAACACAGUUAUUCUUGUUCUUAGAGGUUGAAGUUCUACUAAGCGAGUCUCAUAGCCUAAUCGAUCCAUAUUGAAACUUCAAAGAUGAACACAGACAUCACAGCAUCCACAAAACCAGAGUACCCAGUCAUCGAUCGCAACCCUCCAUUCACCACCGUCGUCGGAAACUUCAAUACCCUCGAUUAUCUCCGUUUCGUUACCAUCACCGGUGUUUCCGUCACCGUCGGCUAUCUCUCCGGGAUUAAGCCUGGAAUCAGAGGACCUUCAAUGGUGACCGGUGGAUUGAUUGGUGUCAUGGGUGGAUUCAUGUAUGCUUACCAGAAUUCUGCUGGGAGAAUUAUGGGUUUCUUUCCCAAUGACGGUGAGGUUGCUCGUUAUAACAAGAAAUGAUUUUUUUUUUCAUAUUGGAAAAAACCCCUUUUUAUGAGCCAUUGAAUAAUCAGAUUUUCCUUCAGUGUUCUAUAUUGUUGUUGUCGUUGUUAUUGUGAGAAUUUUUGAGGGAUUCUGUGUAUCAAUUUGGUUAACAAGUUAGUAGAUUUCUGUUUUGUUUUAUUGGCUUCCAUUUUCCAAGAGAUAAACUUAGGGCAAAAGUGUUAUGUCUUUAAAUAUAUCACUCCCUUUGAAUACAGCUGUAUGAACUCUAUGAUGCGUUCUUCUCACUAGUAAUGAACUCUUAAAGACUUUAUGGUGUAUGUGAUGAGGUAUUGAUUCA